CUCCAAAGGAGAUACACUAUGUUUGGUCAAUACCCAACCAUCGAAAAUCGAUCGAGAAGUCUGAAAGAGCCAUCCCCAGGACGAGGCGCUUUGCCAGCUUACCCUGUGCUGAGUCAUUUGCCUUCUGUUCACAAGUCCAGCACCAGUCGUCGGAUCUCUUUAUCUGAGACAGUCUAUUACCAUCUCUUUUAGUUUGCCAGACACGUCGCCAUCAUCACACGAGUCCGGUUUGAAGAGUAACAAUGGCAAGCCAAAAGGGCCAUUCUAAGACAGAGGUGGGCUAUCCUACCGGGGUCUUGAUUGGGCAACCUUCUGUACGAGACAUAGUUCAUUCGUGUUUCCGGAUGGGUUUUGGAUAAAGUAAGAGACGGUACACUGGAUGGGUUGAUCCCUUUUUGGAUAUCUUUACCUUUUAUCGGUUUUGUCUUUUCUUUCUUUCUCUUUUUCUUCUUGUUUCUUCUUUUCCUUUCUUGUUUUAUUAUUUUGCACUGUGAUUUUUUGUGGCAUUAGAUACCUCCUGAACGCGUAAUGAACAUACUUUUGAAC